ACGCUACCAGCGCCGCCAGCGCUACCAUCCCAUAAUCACCGUUAUCAUUCCGAAACUAUACGAAGUACAUGCCCGUUGUCCCCCCUCCCUAUCUAACCAGUGUCCCGGCCGCCACGUUGUUCUCCUCACUAGAGCUAGCUCUUGUAGCCACGUAUAUAAUUGGUGACAAUCACGGCAGUAAUGAACUCUUCAAUCACACUCAAUUCAACUGAACACGAAGCUUCGCACGAAAUGGAUGCUACAGAAAAUGACAGCGACGUUCGACAGAGUUACAGCGUCAGAAAGCUGAGGAAAUCGACGUCGCUACACACAUGGGUCAUCGAGGACUUCAGCUUAUGUGGUACUUCUAAUGGCUUCAUGGAGAGCGGUAUAUUCACAACGGACAAUGGAAAGACGAUGUGGCGUCUGAGACUGUACCUGCGGGGCCAGGUCCGGUACGACGAGUAUGUGUACCUCCAGCUGGUGAUGAUGGGUGCUGGGACUGUAGAGGCGAAGGGCCGGCUCUGGGUAGUCACCGCCGACAAAACGGACAAGACGUAUGCCAUGGAUAUUCGAAAGUUUUCUUCCCAAGACUUGUUCCAGGUAUACCUGGGCCAAAUGAAGGACCUCCUUGACAAAUCCGGAAGCUUUGUGACCGGUGACGUUCUCACACUGAACUGCGAAGUAACUACAGUGGAGGACUAUGGAUAUUCUUGUGCCUGUACUCCGAAGGAGCCGCUCCAAGGACCAUCCCUCGCAGACGACUUUAGUGCAUUCCUCGAAAAUUUUGAGCUAUCUGACAUGACCCUUGUUGCAGGCGGCAAAACGUUUCACGUUCACAAGGCUGUCCUCGCGGCAAGGUCGCCCGUGUUCAAUGCGAUGUUCAAGCAUGCGAUGGGAGAAAAGCUAGAGAGCCAUGUACAGUUAAACGAUUUGACUGCGGAAGUCGUAACGGAGAUGUUGAAUUUCAUCUACACAGACACGGUGCCGAACUUGAGCAGCACGGCUGUAGGUUUACUGGAAGCGGCCGAGAAGUACGACAUAAAGAGGCUCAAGUACAUGUGUGAACAAGAACUUUCCUCGGGCCUCGAAUCCGACACGGUGGUUGAUGUCUUGCGUUUAGCAGAUAGGCUUGGCGCAAUUCACUUGAAACGUGUAGCCGUGUAUUAUAUAAAUGCUCACGCUGACGAUGUCAGGAAAUCGGAAUGUUGGAAAACGAUGGUGAAGGAGGAACCGUGCUUGCUUGAAUGCAUCUACGACGGUCUUUUGCAAACCCCAAUAGACAGAGAGUAAAAGGACAGGCCAAAUGCAGGCCUGCGAAAUUGUUUCCACUUAAUAAAUAUAUAUUUUUGCUGUG